AUGUCAGCAUCAUCUGCAACAAUUCGCCGUGAAUUUCAUGAAUGUAUUAAUACGACGGAUUACCCUUCCAUAUUUCAAUACCGUGAUAAAGUUGAGUACUUGUCUGCAUGUCAGGGCUUGAGUUGGAUACGUACGACGAAAAAUAGUUGUGAAGAAUUUUAUAUUUGGAAUUCGAUAUCAAAAGAGUGCAAGAAAAUACCUAUGACACAAGAAGUAAACUACUAUAAACUAGGUGGGUAUGGAUUUGGUCAUGAUUACAAGACUGACAAUUACAAAUUGGUUAUGGUCACAGACAACUGGGAUUCCAAGUGUUCCGAUGUCGAUGUUUAUACAUUAGGAUCGAAUUCAUGGAAAAGAAUUCAAAGCAUACCUUACAGUCUUUCUGAAAUAGACUGCUAUUUUGAAGGAGUAUCCUUUAAAGGAUCUCUUCAUUGGCUUGCACAUACCUUUGAUGAAAACCAGAAAUGCAAUGAACUGGUCCGUUUUGAUAUUAUCAACGAGAGGUUCCAGAAUGUGGCACUACCAUCACUACCGAAAGAGUCUAGUGAAAAAUCUAAGUUCAAUAUAAAGGUGGGAGAAUUUGGAGGGUGCAUGUGCGUAGUUUUUCAAGUUUUUAAUCUCCGGGUUGAUGUAUCGAUGAUGCAAGAAUAUGGAGUGAGAGAUUCUUGUCAAAAAGAGGAUAUGAUUAUCGAUCCUAGCGGAAAACAACCAAAUAGGAACAUCAUUGAUGAUUUGAAUGUAAAAUUUCACAAAUCUAAGAAGGAGAGGGAGCUUGUAAAACUUGGUUGGAAGGAUGAGCCUAUCAAUGACAAGCUUGACAGGGGUCACAAAAAUGAUGUAGAAGAAAUAUCGUGUAGAGUGUUAGGCAUUUGCUUUUUGCUCACUAGAAUUUUAUCUUAG